AACAGGGAAACACACAUGAGGGAAUUUGUUUGUCUUCCUCUCCAGGAUGCCUUGCUGCGGCUGGCAGCAGUUGUUGAUGUACGCUCACUCCGAGUGGCCCUGCGAGACAGCGUUCAGGAGCUGCUCCCCAGCACGGAGUGUGUGUGCAUCUACGUGCUGGAGGGAGACUCCAGGCUGCUGUCUGACGACCCGCCGCACGAAGUGCCACAGGAGGGGAAGAUCAGGAGUACCGUGGAGCAGCAGAAGCGAUGCGAGUGCACUGGCCUCCCUCCAUCUGAACUGCCGGAGAAAUACAGGAUCUUCCUAGCGGCACCGUUACCGGGACACAGGAGAGCUCUCGUAAUUCCCAUCUUGGAUCAGGAUCACAGCAAGGUUCUAGCCGUCUUACUGGUGGGAUGUGGCCCGCUAUCGGAUCAAGACGAACUGCAUCUGAAUGUGCUGGGAAAACAUGCCUCGGUGGCAUGUGUCCGCAUCCAGGCAGUGCAGGCGUCCUAUCAGAGGCCUCCUCUGAGCCCGUCGCCUCUGCAGUCCCACAAUGCUCUGCUGCACCUCGACGUCUCAGAACAGGACUACUGCGAGCUGGACCGCAACAUUCUGCAGCUCUGUGGUGAGCUCUAUGACCUUGAUGCCGCUUCUCUCCAGCUCAAAGUCAUCAAUUAUCUGCAGCAGCAAACCAAGUCUCAGUGUUGCUGUUUGUUGCUGGUGUCGGAGGAUAACCACCAGCUAUUCUGCCAGGUGGUUGGAGACAAAGUCCUGGAGGAGGAGAUCAGCUUCCCGCUGAUGUUUGGACGCUUUGGCCAAGUCGUGGAGAAAAAGAAGUCUAUAUCCCUCCAGGACGUCAGCGCUGAAGAGCGCAGGCAGCUGUCCAGCAUGCUGGGCUGUGAGAUCUCCUCCAUGCUUUGUGUCCCCGUCGUCAGCAGGGCCACCGGUCACGUGGUGGCGCUAGCGUGCGCCUUUAACAAGCAGGGCGGACAGAGACAUACAGGGGCAGACGAGCACGUCAUCCAGCACUGUUUCUGCUACACUUCAACCGUCCUCACUUCAACUCUGGCCUUUCAGAAAGAACAGAAGCUAAAAGUCGAAUGCCAGGCACUUCUGCAAGUGGCCAAGAAUCUCUUCACACACUUGGAUGAUGUGUCGGUGCUGCUGCAGGAAAUCAUAGUGGAGGCCAGGAACCUGAGCGACGCAGAGAUCUGUUCAGUGUUCCUGCUGGAUCGGGUCAGCCAUGAGCUGGUGGCGAAGGUGUUUGAUGGUGGUGUUGUGAGCGACGAAGACAACGAGUUUCGGAUCCCGGCCGAUCAGGGCAUCGCAGGCCACGUUGCCACCACCGGUCAGAUUUUGAACAUUAAGGACGCCUACUCCCACCCUCUCUUCUACCGCGGCGUGGACGACAGCACCGGCUUCCGGACUCGCAACAUCCUCUGCUUCCCCAUCAAAGAUGAAAACAAUGAGGUGAUCGGCGUAGCGGAGCUGGUGAACAAAAUGAACGGGCCGUGGUUCAACCGCUUCGAUGAGGAUCUGGCCACGGCGUUCUCCAUAUACUGCGGAAUCAGCAUCGCCCACUCUCUGCUCUACAAGAAAGUCCACGAAGCUCAGUUCAGGUCCACGCUCGCCAAUGAAAUGAUGAUGUACCACAUGAAGGUGUCAGAGGAGGAGGUGACAAAGCUGCUUGUGACUGGGAUCGAGCCUGUGAAGGAGAUUCAUUCGUGUUUCGCCGAGUUCACGUACACGCCCCGCUCCCUUCCGGACGACACCACGCCUCACGGCGUCCUCAGCAUGUUUGAAGAUAUGGGCUUCAUCAACACGUACAAGAUUGACCUGCAUACUCUGGCCAGGUUCUGUCUGAUGGUGAAGAAAGGCUACAGGGACCCCCCCUACCACAACUGGAUGCACGCCUUCUCCGUCUCGCACUUCUGCUACCUGCUUUACAAAAACCUAGGGCUGUCCAACUACCUCGAGGAUAUAGAGAUUUUAGCUCUCUUUGUUUCCUGUAUGUGUCAUGACCUGGACCACCGCGGCACCAACAACUCUUUCCAAGUGGACUCGCAAUCAGUCCUGGCUGCUCUCUACAGCUCAGAGGGAUCUGUAAUGGAGAGACACCACUUUGCCCAGGCCAUUGCUAUUCUCAAUACUCAAGGCUGCAACAUCUUUGAGAAAUUCUCCAGGAAGGAUUACCAGCGGAUGUUGGAUCUGAUGAGAGACAUUAUUCUGGCAACAGACCUGGCUCACCACCUUCGAAUCUUCAAGGAGUUGCAAAGGAUGGCUGAUGAUGGGUACAAUACAAAAAGUCGCACCCACCACUCCUUGCUGCUGUGCCUGCUGAUGACUUCAUGCGACCUGUCAGACCAAACCAAGGACUGGAAAACAACACGCAAGAUUGCGGAGCUGAUUUAUAAAGAGUUCUUCUCUCAAGGAGAUCUGGAAAAAGCCAUGGGGAACAGGCCGAGCGAGAUGAUGGACAGAGAGAAGGCGUACAUCCCAGAACUCCAGAUCAGCUUCAUGGAGCAUAUCGCCAUGCCCAUCUACAAGCUGCUGUCUGAGCUGUUCCCCGGGGCCACCGAGCUGUACGAGCGGGUGGCGGCGAAUCGCGAGCAGUGGACCAAAGUCUCCCACAAGUUCACCAUCCGCGGGUUGCCCAGCAACAACAGCCUGGACUUCCUGGACCAGGAGUACGAGCUGCUCCAGUCGCAGGGCGCUUUCGGGAGCGACGACCACUGCCUGAACGGUUGCCUCGAUGACACUGAGGGCGGUCAGGGCCAGUGACAAACAGCGGGGCCCCCGACGUGUUUUCCCUGAGGUUUUCCUGUCGUCCAGUAGGAGGCGAAGAAAACCUUUCUAGAGGCCAAAGACAGGCUGGUCUCUCUGAUGUCAACCACCUGGUGUGCUUGGAGGGCCUUUGCAGAACGGAAAAACUGAAUCGGACGGCCGUUCUGAACCUGGUGGAUUUAUGCGAGUCACCCGAUCUGAUGCUUGAUGUCGCUUGUGUCAAUUAGUCGAGGAGCGCAAAAAGAUGACGAGUAUCUUUCUACAUGUCCACACGUUCAUUCGUCACGUACCGAUCCUUCGUAAGAUUGUAAAAAUAAGACCAACCGACGCACACACGCAUACUCGCACAAAACAAGACGGAGACAUUCGUAGUCGUGGCAAAGACUCCUUCGACGUGUAACAGUGAGACGGUGUGCUAUACUUUCUGUUACGGCGGACUUUCCUUUCAGUUGCCACAGACCCCACCCGCUGCUCUUGAAUGCUUGAUGGACGAACUCCUCGCCGGUUACGAGUUAACCUGUGAUCACCCCCCCCCCCCAUUCAUAAGCAACUAACACGUCCUGUUUUUACGCCAUCACAGCAGAUUUUUUUUUUUUUUUUUGUAUCCACCUCGUUAGAAUAUCUGUAAACAAUACAUGACCUCCUUUUGUUCUUGUUCCUUCGUUUGAACAUGCAAACCCCUAGCUUGUGUCCAUCCACCAUCCUUCACCGUUUAGGGCACAUUUUAGACAAUCACCCAUCAAUAACACCAGAAGCCAUAAAUUAAAAAAAAAAUAAAAAUAAAAAAAGAAUGAGACACAUCCAUUUUGUGAACGUUAUUCACAUGAGUUCACUCAUGCAGUAAAACAAACAGUGCUGUGAAAAAGUGUCUGCCCUCCAUUGAGAUUUCUUGUUUAUGCCAUUUGUCAUAUUUAGAUGUCUCAGAUCAAUUUUCAAAUUUUAAUAUCAGACAAAGAUAAUCUGGGAAACUAUGAAACAAUGAUUUCUUUUAUUCAUCUCAAAAACUAAAGCUACCCAGAUCAACUUUGGCCUUAAAACUGACUUUAACACCUGUCAUCAAGAACUGGUUGAGUAAUUUUUACCCAUUAUUGUUUUAAUUUAGCCAUAGAGGAGGCAUUUAUGCUAUAUUUUUCCUGUCAUAACUCAACAUCUUCAUGCAAUUUAUGUCCAGGAUUUGACUAGGCCACUCUAAAACCUUGAUUUAGUCAGUUGAAGACUGGCUGGUGUUCUUCAGAUGACUGUAAAAUGACCUCAAGCUGAGGAUCUAAAGUUGAUGGCUGGACAUUCUCACGCUUUAUUUUAUGUUACUGAGCAGAAUUUAUGGUUCCAUCGAUGAUAACAGGUCCUCUAGGUCUUUUUAGAGGCAGGAUGCCCUUUUGCCCAGCCUGUUUUGAGCAGUUCUUUAAAUGUAGUUGUGUGUUUAUUUUAAACCUCCUGGUUGAGUCUUUGCGACACUCUUAAAGUUAUUUUGUAGGACCAGCCUCUCCUGUUUAGGGCUUUACCACUGCUCCAUGUUUCCUCCAUUUGUGGAUAAUGGCGCUCGCUGUGGCCUAUUGGAGCCCCAAAGCCUCGCAAGUCCCUUUUCAGACUGAUGGAUCUUAGUUACGUUCUUCCCCAUUUAUUUGUCAAUUUCCUUUGGCUGAGGUUCUUUUUCAGGUUCUAAACAAGGUUCUAUUUUAGCUUUUUUCUAUUUACUCAGGUUAUCUUUGUCUCAUAUUUAAGAUUGUUUGAUGCUCAGAAAUAUUAAAUUCUGAAAAAAUGCAAAAACAGAAAGAAAUAGUGGGCAAAUACCACAGCACUGUACAUUCAAUUUAUCAUUUUUGCCAUUUAAUUAAAUUAUUUACAUUUAUUUUGUUCUUUUUUGUUUGUUUUUUUGUUUUUUUAUUAAACAAUUUUAGGAUUAAAAAAAAGAAGCCCUUUAAAUGAUCCAUCUCAUUCGUUGGUGUAACUGUGCAGUAGGGUGUGUUAAAUAGUGUCACCGAGUGUGUCCAAUGGAUCUGCCUUAUCGCGUAUCUUUGCUGCCUUUAUUAGAGCUUUUAAUAUAUAAAAGUGGAAUAAAAAGUCUGUUUUAGUAUGUGUGUUGGAUAUUCGUGUGGACAUAGUGCGAGUAUCACUGUGUUGACUGAGAACAUGUAUAUUUUGUAAAACACUUGUUUAAAGACCUGAAAUGUUGCGUCUUUUCACUUCUUUUCUAUUCCUGCCUGUCUGUGCAUCAUACAUGAAAGCACCGCCACACCUGAACAUUACAGAAAGAAAAGAAUCAACAAGAGAUGUAGCCAUGGUAGAAAACGUCGAAUGAGUUGAGCUCUCAGAUGCUUCAUUGAAAAAUGUAUAAAAAAAAUAAAUAAAAAAAAUACAACUUGGGGUGCCAUACGCCUGUGCAAAUUCUCAGUUAUCCGGGUCAUCGGCUUAAAUCCGAGGCAACCGGACCUUUCUCUUGGUCAACAUGCCGUACUUUCAGAUUAACUAAAAGGCUUCUGAUCCAGGAUAAUUUAGGUUGUAAUGGACACCGCUGUGUUUUGGUGUGCUACGAAUGGACUGGCAAACAAAUGAGUGGAUGGACAAAUAGGCGUGUGGGUGACAUCGAACAAGACGAGAUAAAGCCCCCUCAAAAAGUAUUCACACUGUCUACAACCACAAACGUCAGUGUUUAUGCAUUGAUUUUUUAUGUGACAGACCAACACAAAGUAGUCUGUUUUUUUUUUCAUAUCCUACCAUUAUUGAUUUUUUUUUCUUUAAGUUUCAUCAGGAGACUGAUAGGCCCUUGUAACCAGUAGAUAUUCUUUGAUCUAAAAUGUCUUCAUUGUAGCUCUAGUUGUAAGUUUAGGCUCCUUGUCUUACUGGCAUGUUAGGGUUAGGGUUAGCCUGUGAUAAAGUUUAAAGUUUCAACAACUACUUUCUUCCUGCUGCUUUUCUGUAAAGACCACAUUUGUACUGUGUACAACUUUAAUAGCUGUCUUGCUGAUAGAUUCUCCCACCUGAGAUUUGAAUCUGCAGCUCCCCCAGAGUACCCACAGACCUUUUGUCUGCUUCUUUGAUUAAUGUUCACCUUGCCCAGCCAUAAGGAUUAGAUAAGCAGCCAUGUCAUGGUAGGUAUACAGUUGUGCCAUAGUCUUUCUGAUUUAAAAUAAGAUAUUCAAAGCUAGUUUAACAACCUAAUCCUGCUUUAAACUUCUCCACAACUUUUUUUUCUUUCUGACCCAUCUGCUGUGUUCUUUGGUCUCCGUGAUGCUGUUUGUUUACUGAUGUUGCAUUGAAUUUAGGUUGAACACAAGUGGACUCCAUUUUCUAAUUAGGGACAUCAGAGUAAAUGGGACUAAAUGCAAAUCCAUGACAUACUUUUGUAUUAAUGGUGGAGAAAAAAAGUUAAAUCAUGCACCAUUUCACUUCUGCUUCACUGUUUUGCACCAAUUUGUGUUGGUAUAUCACACAAAAUCCAAAUAAGAUGCAUUGCAGUGUGUAUAUUUUUUUUACAUAAUUAAAAGUUGAAAAAUGUCGUCGGGCGUGAAUACUUUUUGCAUGGGGGUACAGUUCAUUUAGCAUCAAGAGAGGAAAUGCAAAUGAACUCAUCUACUACUGUCUUUUCUCCUUUACAUCCAGAAAAAUAAAAUAUAUCGAUUUAAUUAGAAGAUUGAAUUAUAGGAUUUUUUUUUUUUUUGUUCUUUCCAAAGGACCCCGUGACGGGUAUUUAUAGGAAACAUUUUUGGUUUCAUUUGGAUAUACCUGAGCACUGCUGGGUGAAGGGGUUGAAUCUCACUUGUUCUGCUUUAUGAACGUAUUAUAAAAUUUUAAAAGGGCCUCACUGUGUUCAACUUCCUGCUCCUCCAUUUCUCUCACUUGUUCAAUUAUUGUGAAAACACUUUUACAGAUGUACAAGGCUUCUUCAUGUGCAAUAUGAAGCCUCUGUUUCUGUGACAUUGCAUAGAUACCUUCAUAAAUAGAAGUUGCUACAUACCUAUGCCCCCCUGUUAAAUCCUUGCUUUAGGUCGGGUUUGCCAGAGGUUUUUCAAGUCUUAAAUCCUGAUGUUU